GUGCUGCCGCAGCAUCCCGCUUAUACGUGGAUGCAAUUAAUAAACUAGCGAGGCAGGCGCAGCAGGGCACGUGGGGCGGCUGCUCAGAUGUUGGCGCUGCUUUGAUGAAAAUCGUCGAAGUGUACAAGGAGAUCCAAGACCAGCAGAUGAAUAUCUUGAAAGCGUUCUACGUGGAUCUCCUGGUGCCGCUUGAAACAAACCUCGAAAAGGAUACAAAAGUUGUUCAGUCGGAGCAGAAGAGAUUCCUGCAACAGCAUAAACAACGAGCAGAGACGUAUAGCAAGGCUGCGGCUAUGAUGAAGAAGCAGAGGAAGAAGUCGAGAAGCUCUACGAAAACUGGACUGGCUAUGGACAAAGAACUGAAAAAUAUGCAAGUAUUGGAGGAAGAGAAAACCAAGUUGGAUGCUUUCUGCGAACAGAGUUUGAAAAAUGCAAUGACUCAAGAACGCAGACGAUACGGUUUUGUUCUGGAAAGGCACUGCUCUCUGGCCAAACACUAUCUUUCAUAUCACACUCAAGGAGUAGCCGUAUAUCAACACAACCUGGAGAAAUGGUCGGAAGUGGCAAAAACCCGUGAAUUUCUACCCGAAACCGUUGAGAAUAUAUUCAGCAAUCGACUGAGGCAAAUUUCCGUUUGGCACGAUGAGGAUGUUUAUUCGAGCCCCCGGAGCCCGCACUUCGACGACGACGGUAUUAGCAUCUCCUCGCAGUUGAGAAAAACAAAGAGCAUGGAUGCUUCCUGCUUGGAUAUCCGUUCGAUCGGAGAUGUGGGAUCACCUGUGACCACUUUAUCCAGAGCCAAAUCCGAAUACAAUUUGAAUUCAUCCACUCAUUCGCUGGAGCAAGAUGAGACACCGACGCGCCGUCCGAAAUCGAUGGCUGUACCUCCGGUGCCGCCGCCGCAAUGGGACACGCAAUUAGCGAGGGCCUUAUAUGCAUAUCUCUCCAGUGGCGAGAAUCAGCUCAGUUUCCUUGAAGGGGAUCUGAUUGCGCUGAUCGGGGAAAGAAAUAAGGGAUGGCAAUUUGGGGAGAAUUUGCGUACGCAGUGCAGCGGAUGGUUCCCUUUGGCUUACACCGAAGUUCUGGACGAUUCAUCACUUUCCCCGACGCACGCGAGCAGUUCAGGAAGCGGAAACGCAAACAUAGGUCAGCAUCCGAUGUCUCCAGGCGGUGGCGGCGGUUCGGGUUCAUCCCCCGGUAAUGUCAAUGUCAAUGAACCGCCCACCCCACGUAUGUUUGGCGAUACCCUUCAUCUGCAUAGAUCAUCCGCUAACGCUAAGCAGAUUCGACGUGCGAUCGGUUCUAACAACAUACCACCACCGGCACUGCCCGCACCUGUCCCAACCCCAUCUCUGCCAUAUCACAAGACCGGAAUGACCCAAUCUCAAAGCACUAACUUCUCAUCGAAAACUAAUACGGAGGCAACGUUCCAAUCCCCGUAUUCCCAAACGGGCAUUAAAAGCUCCGCUUCCAGUUUCAAUUUCACUACCCCGUCGACGGGAUCGUAUUCCACCCAUCCGCAACCGUCGCGAUCCGACAGGCCCACGGCCGGAGCCCCAUUGCCUCUCCACUUGCAGUCCAAGGGUAGCAAAAUCGGGGGUCCCGUCGGUAAUGUUUCGUUGCACAGCAGCAACGAUUCGGGAUUCAGCAACGAUCCACCACCCCAACCGGAAAUUGAUUACUCGGACGAUGAUUCCAUCCCAGGCCAGACCAAACUGCCGGCUCGGUAUGUAACCCCAUUUCACUUCUAAUCUAUUCAACCUUGAACCAACCACCCUCUUGUGUCUUAUUACCUUUGCAUCAAUCAACCCGAUACGCGGUUCGCACAGACCGAAACAGUUUAUUGCUCUGUAUUAAUAAACGAACAUCAACCAACAUACUUUUUUCAUUGCACUUCAUAAAUAAUCCAAUAUAAAAGAGUUUCACUCAAUAAAAAAUUUCAAUUCCGUUGAUAUUUUAUACCAGGCAAUUUUUUCCAAUAAAUAGAAAUAGAAGUCCUUUAUAGAUUUGCUUCUUAGUUUUCUAAAUAACUUAUCUUUAU